GUUGCCAUCUAUUUAUUAUCACUUCUGACUUGUCAACCAGCAAUAACGAAAACGUCUCUCGUCUCUCGGCUCUCUCUCUCUCUUUAAAAAAUGGACAGUGUCGCACUCUUCUUCACUGGAGCUCUCGUAGCCGGCGGAAUCUACUGGUUCCUGUGCGUCCUGGGACCAGCGGAGCGUAAAGGGAAACGAGCGUUGGAUCUAUCGGGCGGGUCCAUCUCGGCGGAGAAAGUUCAAGACAAGUACAAACAGUACUGGUCGUUCUUCCGCCGUCCGAAAGAGAUCGAAACCGCCGAGAAAGUCCCGGACUUCGUGGACACGUUCUACAACCUCGUCACCGACAUCUACGAGUGGGGAUGGGGACAGUCCUUCCACUUCUCUCCUUCCAUCCGAGGCAAAUCCCACCGUGACGCCACGCGCCUCCACGAAGAGAUGGCCGUAGAUCUGAUCCAAGUGAAACCGGGUCAAAAGAUCCUCGAUGUCGGAUGCGGCGUGGGAGGUCCGAUGCGCGCGAUUGCAUCCCACUCGCGAGCCAACGUGGUGGGGAUCACGAUCAACGAGUACCAGGUGAAGAGAGCGCGUGACCACAACAGGAAAGCAGGACUCGACGCGCUCUGCGAGGUCGUGUGUGGUAACUUCCUCCAGAUGCCCUUCGAUGAUAAUACCUUCGACGGCGCGUACUCUAUCGAAGCGACGUGUCACGCGCCGAACCUGGAAGAAGUCUACGCCGAGAUCUACAGGGUGUUGAAACCCGGAUCUUUGUAUGUAUCGUACGAGUGGGUCACCACUGAUAAGUUCAACGCCCAGGAUGAGGAACACGUGGAGGUCAUCCAAGGGAUCGAGAGGGGUGACGCGCUUCCUGGCCUUAGGGCUUACUCCGAUAUAGCCCAGGCCGCCAAGAAAGUUGGGUUCCAAGUUGUCAAGGAGAAGGAUCUUGCCGCUCCACCGGCUCAGCCGUGGUGGACUAGGCUUAAGAUGGGUCGCCUCGCUUAUUGGAGGAACCACGUUGUCGUUCAGAUCUUGUCUGCCGUUGGAGUUGCGCCUAAGGGAACCGUCGAUGUUCAUGAGAUGUUGUUUAAGACUGCUGAUUUCUUGUCCAGAGGAGGCGAAACUGAAAUUUUCUCUCCCAUGCAUAUGAUUCUCUGCCGGAAACCUAUGUCUUAAACGAUUAUCAUUUGCCCGAUCUCAGUUUGUUUUUAUUUUUAUUUUAUCAUGGAUUUUUAAUUUUGCUUGGUCAGUCAGUCAGUCAAUGUACUACUCCUUUAGAUUUUAAUUUUAAUUUGGUAUUACUGUU